CACACACACAUCAAACGGAGAAAAAUCUACACCAGAGCUGCACAAACACAACUCCAAGAGUGCAUGGGGUUGUCCUUCUCACAUCACUUUCUGUGGCUCGGACCCACUCCCAUGUUUGUCUGAGACGGGUUUAUGAGCCUGUACUGGUUUCUAAUGGGACGUGUGCUCGUCCUUGUCGUGCUCGUGCUGGAGAUGUGCACUGCGUUAUGGAGCCUGAACGCGAGUAAGUAGGUGAUUUUAUCAGAAAGAAGAAGAGGUGAUCAAUCAAGCUGAAGAAAAAAAAUGUGUUUCGCUUGGUAGGUAUAUAUGAUCAGUUGUAAGUUUUGUGAUGGACACGUAGAACCAACCCGGCUCUGCUGCACGACUUCUGGUUUGUUUGUUUUUUUCACCAAUGCAAGUCAGUGCAGAGAAUAGGUGCAGUCUGAAAGAGUGAGGAGGGGGGGAAGGAGGUGAAGAGAGAGGGGAAGGAAAGAAAAAAAAGAGGAGGAAGAGAAUAAAAUCCAAAGCUGCAAAAGCGCGCUCGGACAUUAUCAUGAGUCUUGUUGGAGGCUUUCCUCACCACCCGGUCGUGCACCAUGACGGUUACUCGUCCUCGUUUGCAGCGGCAGCUGCAGCUGCUGCUGCCGCGAGCCGCUGUCACGAGGAAAGCCCGUAUUUCCACGGGUGGCUCAUCGGGCACGCGGACAUGUCUCCGCCGCCGGAUUACGGCAUGGCGCCUUCGUCCUACAGCCCCGAGUACAGCGCCAGUAACGCCGCCGGUGGUGUGUGCGCGCCCGGGCCUGGAUUGGAGCACGGGCCCUAUGGAGCAGGAGGCGCAGGAGCGCUUGUGCCGGGCAUGAUGGUUGUGCCGCGCGCCGUGAAGCGGAGGCCCACGGCGAACCGGAAGGAGAGACGCAGGACUCAGAGCAUCAACAGCGCGUUCGCCGAGCUGCGCGAGUGCAUCCCGAACGUCCCCGCAGACACCAAGCUGUCCAAGAUCAAAACCCUGCGCCUCGCCACCAGCUACAUCGCCUACCUCAUGGACAUCCUGGACAAGCACGAGCAGCACGGCGGCGGAGACACAGAGGCCUUCAAGGCCGAGUUCAGGAAGGCGGACUCCAAAGAGGAGAGGAGGAAGAAAGAAACGAAUGAAGUUUUGAAAUGUUCAGGGAGCAGCAAUGACAAGAAACCCAAAGGGAGAACUGGUUGGCCGCAACACGUCUGGGCUUUGGAACUGAAACAGUGAACUUUAAAAAGCCUCUCAAUGAGGCCUUUCCUUGUCAUGUUUUUUACACUAACUUUAUUUAAUGGAAUAUUUAUGUGCAAUUUCUACGGACAGUGGAUCCUUGAAGACAAAACAAAGAAAGAAAGAAAGAAACAAACAAACAAAAAAAACAUUCCAUGUUUAAGAGGAGGAUGCCCCUCUUGGUAAGGGAUUGUGUUAUUGUUGCUGUUGUUGCUGUUGUUGCUGUUGUUGUUGUUGUUGUUGCUGUUGUUGCUGUUGUUGUUGUCUAGUUUGUGGUGAAUGUCAGCCACUAAAGUGAAAGUGUAGGUCUCUCUGUUUCUCUUUCUCGUUCCAUUUCUCUGAAUAGAAACUAUACCAAGUGAGAGGUCAAGGAGGAAGUGAUGAAACAGUUCGAAAUGACGUUCAAUUUGGAGAAAGAAAAAGAAAAACACAAAUAAGUGUCAUGAAGUGUUCUUGUGAUGUUUUGUUGUGGUCGUGUAUCCCUCCCUAUAGGAAUCUCUCUGCUCGUGUUCGAAACCUAAUGUUGAGUCCAUUUCAAGUGCACUUCCGUCCAGACCAGACACCAUAAGUUUAUUAAAAAAAACAACAAACAAAUAAAUAGAUAGAUAGAUAGAUUAAAUAAAUAAAUAAAUAAAUAAAUAUCUGAAGAUGUAA